AUGAAUCUAUAUUUACAAAAAAUUUGGACUAUAUUUACUAAUUUACGAUGCUUAAAAUUCAAUUCAUCUUCAUCUUUUCGUGACGGUGUAUUUGUUAGAAUUAUUUUACCUGAAACUGCUAUCUCCGCGACUUUAUUAGAAUUACAUGUCAAUGUGUUUGAUAUGAUGGACUGUCUUGAAAUACUUGAUGGACGUUUUGAUCAACUUUGUAUACUUUAUAUUAACUUUUAUUCUCAUAUUUGUUUUCAUUUUCAGCAAAACUUAUUACCAAAUUUGCGAAUUUUUUCUUUGUGUUGCGAUCAUGGAAUAUUUAUAGAGGAUUUUAAUGAAUCAGUUGUGCCACUUCUACGUCGAAUGAUAAAUUUAGAAGAACUUGAUUUAAAUAUUACAGCUCAGUGUUAUGAAAAAUUUAUUGAUGGUGAUAUAUUGAAGAAAGAUAUUAUGAUUCAUAUGGCACAAUUAUAUAAAUUCACAUUUAAUAUUUCCUCAAGCAUUAAUCAUCGUUAUCAAACUAUUUUCCCAUUAAAUGAAUCUAUUGAAAAAACAUUUAAAUAUUUUUCUAAUAAUCAAAUAACUACUUGUAUUGAUCAUUUGCAAAGAUAUAGUCGAUGUCAUAUUUAUUCAUAUCCAUAUCAAUGGAAAAUUUACGAUCAUAUAACAAAUAAUUUUCGAGAUGGAUUAUUUACUUGUGUUACUCAAGUAUUGUUACGUGAUGAACAUCCAUUUGAACAUGAAUUUUUUCUUCGAAUUUCGAAAUCAUUUCCAUUUAUGAAACAAUUAACAAUAAUGAAUCGAGAAGUACAACAAAUAAAAUCAAAUAAUGAUAAUAAAAUAUUAUCAAUUAUUGAAUAUCCCAAUCUUACUCGACUGGAUCUUUCUUAUACUUAUGAUGAUUAUGUUCAACUAUUUUUAUUUAAUAUGAAAAUGUCUUUGCCAAAUAAUCUUCAUCUUCGUGUUGAUUAUGAAUCACUAGAAAGAGUGACAUACUGUUUUACAAGAUAUAUGACAGGAAAUAAUUGUACAAAACUUGCUGCUCUACUUUUUGAUCCAGUGGAUCAAAUCGAUGAAUAUCAUAUCAAAAACUAUUUUCCUUAUACAUGUAUUCAUCGUACUUUUGAUUUUAUAUUAUCUAAAUAA